AUCCCUACAACCGAAACACCAAUACGUGAAAUAUCGCGAGAAGACGCUCGGGCGCACUCUCGGUGAUCAUUUCCGGUGUAAAUGUUCACAUUCCCGCCAUCAUCUUCGCGCAGAGCUGCGAGGCGUCGUGCGGGUCCACUGUCAACAACAGACAGGGAGCAGGUGAAUGCCGGCUAAACUACCUUUCUGCCCUCGGAGGACCUACGAGAACGACAUUGUUAUUUCAAAGUGUGACUAAGAGCACAUUCCAUCCACAGGAUUUGUUUCAUCACAAGUCCAAGCCUCCUCUAAGUGCACCAACUGGAUCAUAAGCCAUGGCAGCCGUAGUGCCCAAAGUGUCCAGCGGGGGCGCUGUGAAGAUGCGCUUCACGAGCAUCGAGCUGGGCACCACCAGGUGGAAAGAGGGAACCUUUGAGAUCUCAGAAAAGGACAACAAAAUCAACCUCUGCCUUAGAUUCAACUGUGGAGGAGCCUCCAAAGUAUUUCAGUUGUAUCAGAAUGUGAAGAACAUCAGCCAUAGUUUGAACCGAAUCACACUGACGCUGAAGGACACCAGUGUCAUCGUCCUGGAUAAGAUGCCCACAACUCUGGCUCAGAGGACUAAAGAGUACCUGGAAAAGCUGAAGCAGGGAAAGACAAUUUUAAAAUCGUCCCACGGAAGUGCAAACUUCAGUGUGCUUGUGAACCGCUCUCUGAAAAAUGAGACCAGUCCGUCAGGGGAGAGACAGGCAACACAGAGGCGGCAGAGUGCAGAAGGCCGGGAGGAGACGACACCACGAAAGCCUCUGGGUAGCCCAAGUAGAGCUGCCUCUACACCCACCCGUACUGGACUCUCUGAGAACAGGAGUGAGAAGAGAAAGAGACUUCUGAACUCUGAAAGUGACCUGACUGAGGACUACCCCAAGGAAAAUGACUCCUCAAGCAACAACAAGGCCACUUCAGAUCCAUCCAGGAAGUUUCUACUGAGCUGCAAAGACAAGCUGAAGCAGGCCGAGGAGAACCGAGGCCCAGCUCCACUGGGUUCAACCCCACUUCAGCCAACAUCCUUCUAUGGCAGCCGAUCUGGGACUAAAGACUACAGCCAGAGCCAUUCCUUCCUGGACCGACCAUCCAGUACAGCACAAACCACCAAGAGAAGCCUUAUGCUGCCAAAUCACUCCACCCCCUUCAAAAAGGUCCGGCCCUCCCUGGACUACGGAGGCUGGAACAAGCAGAGGCCUUCCACUUUGGCUCAGCCUCAGCCUCCACUGCAAGGAUUUUCCAACCUUGGGAACACUUGCUACAUGAACGCCAUCCUGCAGUCUCUCUUUAGCCUUCCCUCCUUCUCCAAUGACAUGCUGAGGCAGAGCAUCCCAUGGAAGAAAGUGCCCAUCAAUGCAUUGCUCAGGCGUUUUGCUCACCUCAUGGUCAAGAAGGAUGUGGGUUGUCCAGAGACCAAGAAGGACCUCUUGAGGAAAGUGAAGAGUGCCAUCUCCUCCACAGCUGAGCGUUUCUCUGGAAACAUGCAGAAUGAUGCUCAUGAGUUCCUGAGCCAGUGUUUGGACCAAUUAAAAGACGACGUGGAGAAAAUGAACAAGAGCUGGACAAAUGAAGCUGCUGCAUCCUCAUCGUCCUCUGUGGGAUGUGAGAGCAGCCCAGAGACGACGCCAUCGGCGACCAAGACAGAGCCUGGCGAGGAGGCUGACGUCACCCGCAUCUACACCUGCCCUGUGGCGGUCAACAUGGAGUUUGAAGUGCAGCACACCAUCAUCUGUAAAUGUUGUGGCGAGGUGGUGACCAAGCGUGAGCAGUUUAAUGACUUGUCCAUUGACCUACCACGGCGGAAGAAAACUCUCCCGCUUCGCUCCAUCCAGGACUCUCUGGACCUCUUUUUCAGGAUGGAGGAAAUCGAGUACUCGUGUGAGAAGUGCAAUGGGAAAGCAGCGACUGUUACACAUAAAUUCAGCAAACUGCCCAGAGUGCUCAUCCUCCAUCUGAAACGGUACAGCUUUAACGCUCAGCUGUCCAUGAACAGCAAGCUGGGUCAACAGGUGGUGAUUCCCAGAUACCUGACUUUGCUGUCCCACUGCUCUGAAGCCACGCGGCCCCCCGUUUGCCUCGGCUGGAGCCCUCAGAACUCCAUAUCCAGAACACUCAAAACAUCACCAUUGGUCAACUCCUCUUCAGCACCUCUCCGAAGGAUUGGAGGGAAAGUGGCCAACUCUAGCUGCACCACUGUCCUUAUUGAUUCUGACUGUGAAGAAGAGCUGAGUAGAAAGGUGAACCAGAGCCGCAAGCGACGCCUCAGCAGCUGUCUCCCUGAGGAUGAUGACCGACCAGAAGAGCGGGCCCCUCUUGAUGCAGCAGACUUUGGAGGCAUUAAUGAUGAUGAAAUGCUGGCAGCCGUGCUGGAGAUGAGUCGACAGGAGGCCGGGCUCUCAGCUAGUGCACCGCUGGAGGAUGAGCCAACCAGCAGCCCGGACACAGGCUUUGGGGACACUGAUACUCACGACCUGGCAUAUCACACAGAGCUGCUGGAAACGGACAACAAACAGCCUACAGAUGUUCUGGAUUCCCUGGACCUGACUAUGGAUGAGAACAAAGAGAACCAGACUCCAGAGGGCGUCCAGCAGCAGGGGGAACUCGACUGGGUUCAGCAGUACAGUCUGGACCAGGAGAGGGAAGAGCAGGAGCUGCAGCAGGCUCUGGCCCAGAGUCUUCAGGAACAUGAGGCCCAGGAGAUGAGAGAGGAUGAUGAUCUGAAGAGAGCCACUGAGCUCAGUUUGCAAGAGUUCAACAACUCUCUUCCUGAGCUGCUGUGCUCGGACGAGGAUUCUGGUAAUGAGGACGUGCUGGACAUGGAGUACACUGAGGCUGAGGCCGAGAGCCUGAAGAGGAACGCUGAGAGUGGAGACUUGGCCAACUCCUUCAGACUCAUCAGUGUGGUCAGUCACAUCGGGAGCAGCUCCUCCUCUGGUCAUUACAUCACUGAUGUGUACGACAUGAAGAAGCAGUCAUGGCUGACCUACAAUGACCUGGAUGUGUCACGCACACAGGAAGCAGCCGUCCGGCGAGAUCGUGACCGUAGUGGAUACAUCUUCUUCUACAUGCACAAGGACAUGUUUGAGCAGCUGUCCGAGAUGGAGAGAUCUGGAUCCAGCACCACUUCAGAGGCAGGAAGAAACGUCCUGCAGCCGCUCUGAGUGCUUCUUCUUCAUUGGACAGCCAGUGAAGCAUUACAGCUGAACCCUACUGGAUGGAGUUCUCCUUUGAACAGCCUUGAGUACUACUGAUUGCCGUCCUUUUUUGGGGUCGUCUUCAGGCUCUUCUUCUUCUCAUCUCUGGAUGAAUAAAUGCUCUGCUAAGUUGACACCUGAAAACGCUAACACUGGUGUUGAAACUUUGAGACUCUUAAGAUACCAGAAAUGCAGUUAAAAUGUUCAGUGGAUCAAAACGGGCCUCCGUGUUUUCGGGGCCGGAGUUUUUCUUUGCUAUGAUUUUAUCAAACUGUUUUGUACGUUUUUUUCUUCGUUUCUUGAUACACUUCUUUCGACUUUAAUGCCGCUCUUUCAGACUUUCACUUCAAGCAACUAUCAAACACCACGAUGCUAACGGUGCUUCAUGGAUUGUAUGUGUUACAGACCCUUUAUUUCCCAUAUAAACAUAAUAAAGAUAUAUUCUAUGUUGGAGUAUAAACUAUUAUAAAGUUAGAGGGUUGCUGUAUUUAGCGGGUACAUUUGGUGCAAUAUUUCCGUUUUCAGAUCCGCUUUCUGUCACAGAGCGUGUGUGUGUGUGUAUGUGUGUAUGCGUGUAUGCGUGUGUGUAUGUUUGCCCAGUUGCUUUCUGUGCUUUACUUAUGAACUUAUGCGUAUGUGUGUGGUUGUCUCCAUAUUCUAGAUUCAAAAGAACUAUUAUCUGUAAGCUGAACAAUAACAAAGCCUGUUUUCACUCAGCAAAGCCCACUCCAUUCUUUUGGGGUUUUGACCUUGUGCCUCCCAAGAAGACUUUUAUAAAUACUGUAUGUACACAAGCUUUACUUUGAAUGUUGCACAACCUUGUUUUGGGAUGUUUGUUAAACCUUCAACAAUGUGUAAGUCAGAGUUUCCUUUAUAAAGAGCCAAGAGUUUCUAUUUAUUACAACACAGUGGUGGAUUUAUCUUAAAGAACUCAUCCAGAUUCACCACGGAGAAUAGAAGUCAUAAAAACUAGACCAGGAGGAAGCUAGCUGUAGUGUCAUGUCUUCUAUGUUGUUAUUCUUAAGGCCAGUAUCCAGAACUUAGACCUCAGCUAACCUUGUUCAGCUACUUUCUAUCAGAUGUGCUUGCUUAGAGAAUAAAGCAAAUGGAAGUAUUCUGAUUUUCCUGUACUAGAUCUAACACUUAACACUGGUUGUACUCUUCUUUUGUUACCAUGUACAAAUUAAACCACACUUCAGUACA